AUUAUAUUAAAAGAUAUAUUAAUGAUUAUAUUAGGUAUUAUUAUUUUAGUUUUAGGGGUUUUAAUUGGGGUGGCUUUUUUAACAUUAUUAGAACGAAAAUUAUUAGGGUAUAUUCAAAUUCGUAAAGGACCAAAUAAGGUAGGAAUAAUGGGUAUUUUACAGCCUUUUUCAGAUGCGAUUAAAUUAUUUACUAAAGAACAAACUUACCCUAAUUAUUCAAAUUAUGUUUCAUAUUAUUUUUCUCCUGUAAUUAGUUUUUUAUUAUCUUUAAUAAUUUGAUUAUUAAUUCCUUAUUAUUUUAAUAUGAUUAGAUUUAAUUUAGGAAUUUUAUUUUUUUUAUGUUGUACUAGAAUAGGAGUUUAUACAGUUAUAGUAGCAGGGUGAUCAUCUAAUUCUAAUUAUUCCCUAUUAGGAGGGUUGCGGGCUGUGGCACAAACAAUUUCUUAUGAAGUAAGUUUAAUUUUAAUUAUAAUAUCAAUAUUAUUUAUGAUUAUAGAAUUUAAUUUAAUAUUAUUAGGAAUUUAUCAAAAAUUUAUUUGAUUUUUUUUUAUUAUAUUUCCGUUAGCUUUAAUAAUGUUUUCUUCUAUAUUAGCUGAAACUAAUCGUACUCCUUUUGAUUUUGCGGAGGGAGAAAGAGAAUUAGUUUCUGGGUUUAAUAUUGAAUAUAGAAGAGGGGGAUUUGCUUUAAUUUUUUUGGCUGAAUAUUCAAGAAUUUUAUUUAUAAGAAUAUUAUUUAUUUUAAUAUUUAUAGGAGGUUAUAAUUUAAGAAUUUAUUUUUAUAUUAAGUUAGUAAUAUUAUCUUUUUUAUUUAUUUGGGUUCGAGGGACAUUACCUCGUUAUCGUUAUGAUAAAUUAAUAUAUUUAGCUUGAAAGGGGUAUUUACCAGUUUCUUUAAAUUUAAUAAUAUUUUAUAUGAGAAUAAAAAUAUUUUUAAUAUAA